AUGUGCUCCGGAACCGUGCCGUACGUACAUCAGUUUGUGUCGGGAUUGGUCGAAGCCUACCGUCGGUCGGGGGCAGCCUACCCGGUGUUCGCCAAUCUGCGGAACGGCCUGUGGUAUGGUAAGGAUUGGGAUGGGACGUGCUACUUUAAGUCCACGGACGGGCACAGCCGAAGAUGGGCCUUCAGCUACACCCGCCUGAACAUCCACCUGGCCGCCGCUGCCGCCGCGGCCGGAGGUUGCAUCGUGGUGGACUCUACCCGAGCUGGCAAGCGCUUUCCAGACUCGUUCACCGCGACGGUGCCCAUCUGGUGCUGCUUGCUCAACCGACUCGCGGCACCGACGAACGAUGACUCCGGUACCGCAUCUAGCGCCAGCAUCGUUGGAGAACUCAGCGGUGAGGAAGACGAAGAAAGGUCUUGUCCAGGGAGGGACAGCGGCAGUUUCUGGGACACCGCUUUACACACGCCGAGGUGUGGACCCGUCUAA